GAUGAACCAAGAAGUGUAUCUGCUUGAGUCGCUAGCCGCAGCCCUCUCCGAGAACCCAGAGAGACGAAAGGAAGGUGAAGAUGCCCUGAAGAUCCUGGACGCCACAGAAAACUACGGGGUCAUGUUAACCUGUAACAUAAUCAACAGUCCUGUACAGGUACCUACACAUGUGAGACAGUUUGCAGCUAUUCUCUUGAAGCAAUACGUUGACUGUCACUGGCACAGAGCUGCAGAUAAAUUCUUGGAGCCCGAAGUGUCCCUGAAAGCGAAGGGUUCAAUUAUGGAAGCGUUACCUGCAUUACUUGCAGAUGAUAAUAGUAAAAUCAGAUCGGCAGUUGCAUACGCAAUAUCAGCAAUAGCAUCCUGGGAAUGGCCGGAUAAUUGGCCCACUCUGUUUCCGAUUAUAGUCCAGGGUGUAAAAAGUGGCAAUGAGUUCUCACUUGACGGAGCUAUCAGGGUACUGAACGAGAUAAGUUCUGAGGUCAAUGUGGAUCAGAUUUUCCAGAUGUUUCCGGUGGUUGUUCCUGAAAUCCUGGCAAUUUUGAGAAAUUUUACAACUAGUCAGUUGUCGCAUAUCGCAAUCAUUUCACGCACUAUUAAAGUUUACCAGACAUUAAUUACAAUACUGGCCGAAUCACCGGAUAUGAAAGUAGCGAAUAAAGCAAUCGAGCCAGACCUUGAAAAUAUUUUGACUGAAAUUCACAAGUUUUUGAGUCAACCGCUGCCUGAAAAUGAAAUUGUGGAACCCAAAAUCAGCUGUAUCACUUUGACUCAAAUUCUGUGCAAGUUGUACCCUAGGUUAAUGCAUCCGGUGUUGCAGAAUGGUUUGAUGACAACUGUUUUGAAACUUUAUGAAAAUGUUGCUCAACAGUACAUUAAGCUGGCAGUCUACUCAAAUGAUAUUGUAGAAGCCUCACUAGAAGAUGAAUCAGUUGGCGUCUUAGAUCUGGCUAAUGAAAUUAUAAUUCUCUUCUCGACUGUCUAUGCGAAUAAUAAGCUAUGUGACACUUUGACGGGAAAUCUACCAGAUCUUCUAUUUUGUUCAUUGCUUCUGGUUCAGCCGAAUGAGAAUGCGUUGGAGUCUUGGGAGUCGGAUCCUGGUCAAUUUAUCGAAGAUGAUGACCUUGAUAACUGUUUCACAUCGUGUAGAAAUGACGCUGCGUCGUUUAUAAUUGAAGUCUUUUCAGACGAAAAGAAAAGCGGGUCAGUUACACCUGUUUCAGUGUUAGCCCGUGCUAUUGAUGCUUCUGAGAAAAUGUAUGAGAGUGGUGAUAGUAACUGGUGGAAAUUGUGUGAAGCAGCUCUUUUUGUGCUAUCCAAAAUGUCAACUCUUGGUGACGAAUUUAUCAAUCAAGACAAUUUGAAACAACUUUGGGAAAGCUUUUUCGUGCACAACAAACAGAAGCCUUCGUUUUUGGUUGCCUCGGAGAUCGCAACUGCUUCCAGUUUCUUUUCGAGAAUGCCGGAUGAGCUAUUUUCCAGGUUCUUGACUUCUAUCAACACUGGAAUUGAACCUCAUCACCCUGAAAUUGUUCGAAUUCAGAGUUUGAAGGCAAUACAAAACUUAGACGUUUUCACUGAGAUUUCAAAUGACUUUGUUCGUCAAGCGGUUGACGAUGUAUUUCCCAAUUUGAUUCCAAAAAUUGUGCAAAUUGAACUAGAACUGGAGAAACGAGAUACUCAGCACUACAUUCUUGACGUCGUCUUACAGUCUUUGAUUGUGCUGACGGAUCUUUGUGAGAGAGAGGAACUGUUUGCCAAAGUCGAGGCACAACUGGGACCUUUCGCACUUGCUAUUUGGAUAAAAAACAACAACGAAAUGAUAGUGACUGAGUUAUGCAAGACCUUAAUCGGGAACCUGUGCAAGUUUCAAUCUACAGCUGAAGUUGUAUGUAAAAGAGCGGUGCCUACUCUGAUGAGUAUAGUAAAAUCAAGUGCAAAUGGAAGGUCAGAAAAGGGACUGUCAGGGGAAAAUGUGGGCGCUUCUGCAGUGGCUUUGGAUCUGCUGGCGGAGAUUGUAAAAAAAUGUCAAGGAAGAUGGUGCUCAGAUAUCCUAGGCGGGGAAGUGUUCCUGUUUUGCAUGCAGUUCACCCUAGCCUCAGACGACACAGCAGUAGUUCAAAAUGGCUGCGACCUCCUCAAGUGCUACGUCUCCUCAUUCUCGACUCAGAUCCUCGCCUACCACGACCCUAAGCAAGCCCAACACGACGCCAUGUACUACAUUGUGAGUGUGGUGUUGAAGAUACUGUCGCCUGAGACUGCGGAGAUGGGGGCUGUCUUUGUUGGCAGGUUGAUGGCGGUUGUGCUGCUGCAUCUUUCUAAUCAGAUUGGAUCCCACCUUGAUCACAUACUGAAAGCGGUUCUGUCCAAAAUGCAACAAGCCAAAACUCUAUCAGUCUUUAUGAGUCUUAUCACGAUCUACGCCAUCCUGGUCAACCACAAGCUUCCAGAAGUAGUCCAGUUUCUCUCCUCACUCCCGGACCCAUCUGGCAAGAGUGCAUUAGAGUAUGUGUUGCGAGAGUGGGUUCUGAACCAGCACAAUUUCUACGGGUUGUUUGAGAGACAGGUCACGUGUGUAGCUCUCUCUAAAUUGCUGCAAUAUUUGCUGGUAGAGGAUAGGACUGGAAACCUCAAAGUAAUGAUGGUCAAAGGAGAUUUGAUUAUAAAAGAAGGAAGUGCUGGGCCUCGAACUCGUUCGAAAGGAAAACUAGCAGAUGAAUACACCUCGAUUCCUCUCCCUAUCAAGAUGCUCAAAUUAUUGCUGCAAGAGUAUCAGUCAUACUGCGACAAACAAGACAUUGAGUUCAAAAAAUCAACUCGAUCUGACGAGAACAUGCUUGAAAGCAACGGCGAUGCUGGGUUGGCUGAAGAUUCUGAAUCUUCGAGCGAUGAAGAUGGCGAAGAUUGUUACGGAGGUAAAAAUUACGUAACAGUGGACGAAUUUUUCUCAGGCCAAGGGGACAAAAUAUUCGCGGAUGAACUGAAUGAGGAAAUAGACGAUGACCUCAAAAAUGACCCAUUUGUUUCGCUUGAUUUGAAACAAUACCUUUCUGAAUACUUUUCACAGCUGAAGCAACUGCCUUAUUAUCAUGACUUCGAAAGUGCUUUGAACAAGCAUGAAAUUGCGUUGAUGAAGGAGUUCUAAAUAGUAUCGCGUUUAAGUGAUGUUUGUAUUUAUUAGUGAAUUCAUUAAAUGUUGUGUGGCCGAUUGGAGCUUUCAUAUAAUGAGAUUGGUUUAUUUCAUGUUGUGAUAGCGAGUACUCGAAUGUUUGAAAUUUUAUUUGAAAUUUGAUAAA